AUGGCAACAACAAGCGUACUAGAAGCGAUUAAGGUAGUAGACCUAGUGGAGAUUAUUCCAAAGUACGAGGGGGAGUCUGGAAAAUUAAACGGAUUUAUAGCAGCGGUAGAGCAGGUCCUAGGUCUUAUUAAAGGGGAAGAAAGGUCGAGUGUAGGACUAAUAGCAUUAAGGGCCAUUAGGAGCAAGAUUGUAGGAGCAGCGGAUAGGGCUCUGGAUCUAGAUGAAUCGGAAUUGAACUGGGACCGUAUCAAGGAAACGCUAAUAACACAUUUCAAGGACAAGAGGUCGGAGCAAGACCUAAUUAUGGAGUUAACACACCUGAAGGAAAAGAAAUUGGAUUUGGACACUUUGUACACGAAGGUUAUGGCCUUGAAGAAAGCCCUCGUUAACCAGAACAAGGCUUUGGAACGGGGGAUGAUACUCAGGGAGACAAACCCAAAUGGUAUGAGGAGAUAG